AUGACGGAUGAUAGUGCUACUGAUACUGAUGAGAUUAAAGAGUUCCGAAAAGGUCGAUACAUCUCGCCUCCAGAAGCAUUUUGGCUCAUCUAUGAGUUUCGUUUAAACGAGAUGACCCCAUCUGUCUAUACUCUCCAGGUUCACCUUCCAAAUCAGCAGCUUGUUUCUUUCCCGAAGAACUCAGACUUGCUGCAAUUGUUAGCUAAAGUAGAUUUUUCUAAAACCAUGCUGACUGAGUUUUUGAAAAUGAAUGCCUCCAACGCAACUGCUGAGAACCUUAAAUGCUUUUAUAAAGAUUUUCCUCAGCAUUUCGUUUGGUCUUCUAAGUAUAGACACUGGACAGAAAGAAAGCGUCGAAAGGUGAUAGGUAGACUCGUCAGUGUUAAUUCACGAGAGGGAGAGAGGUACUAUCUGAGGCUUCUCUUAAAUCAUAUUCCAGGACCGAUAUCAUUCGAUGAUCUCUUGACUGUUCAUGCUACAAAAAUGAAGUCGUUUAGGGAGGCUGCUUUGGCACUUGGAUUGCUGCAAUCUGAUACGUACAUAGAAGAAACGCUAGAGGAAGCUGUUACAUUUCAAAUGCCGUCUUCACUCAGAUUGUUAUUUGCAACUCUUCUGGUCUAUUGUUCUCCAAUUGAUCCCACAAUGUUAUGGAGAAAAUUUGAAUUGGACUUUUCUAGAGAUUAUGAACGGCAUAAACAAUAUCAUGCCUAUUCUCCCGCUCAAAUUAGGGGAUUGGUUCUAGCUGAUAUUAACAAAUCACUUCAGCAGAUGGGUACAUCCAUUGCUGCCUAUCAAUUGCCAUUAGAUGAGCUUCAAAAGUAUGCUUAUGACAUCAUCUUACAAGCGUGCUUUACUUCCCAAGGACAUUCAUUUUUUAUUGAUGGUCCUGGAGGUACUGGCAAAACCUUUUUAUACCGGUCGCUGCUUGCUACUUUGAGAUCGCAAGGUUAUAUAGCAACCUCUGGAAUUGUAGCAUCUAUCCUGCCUGGAGGAAGGAUUGUACACUCAAGGUUCAAGAUACCCAUUGAUUUCUCAAAGAACAGAGCCUGCCAGCUUAGCAAGCAAGGCAGUGUUGCAAGGCUGCUCUCGGAGUCAAAACUGAUCUUGUGGGAUAAGGCUUCCAUGGCAAAACGAGAAACUAUUGAGCCAAUUUUUUCAUGA